AUGCCCCCAGCACACUCCCACGUUGAGACGGAGCCCUGCACACGCUCGCACAUGCGCUCACACGCAUGUGCCCAGACACACGUGAGGCCCCGGGUCUUGGAGUCUGGGAAGUGUCCUUCCCCUUCCAGGAUUUUUGUCAACCGCAGCCUGGAGCUGGGGAAGAUUUGCUGCCUUGGCUUCGACAUGGACUGCACUCUGGCAGCCUACAAGUCCCCGGCCUAUGAGACGCUGGCCUUCGAGUUGCUGCUGGAGCACCUGGUGUGCUUCGGGUACCCACACGAGAUCCUGCACUGCACCUACGACCCUGCCUUCCCCACCAGGGGGCUGCUGUUUGACGCGCCCUGUGGAAACCUGCUGAAGGUGGACGCCCGCGGGAAUGGGCUGCUGGGCACCCACGGCUUCUCCUUCCUCCCGGAGGCCGAGAUCUGUAGUUUCUACCCCAGUAAGUUCAUUCAGAGGGAUGAGCUGCAGCGGUCCCACACCCUCAUCACGCUCUUCAACCUGCCUGAAACCUGUCUCUACGUCUGCCUGGUGGGCUUCUUCUCUGGCUGCUCCCGCUACAUCCACUGUGACACCGGUUAUCAGCAUGGAAACCUCUUCAUCUUCCAGGAUGUGACGGAUGCCAUGGAUAACAUCCACCAUUCGCUCUGCUCCCUCCCGCGGGGCUGUCUCAAGGAGAGGACCGCAGAAGACUUGGAGAAAUACGUGGAGAAGGAUAUCUCGGUGGAAGAAGCAAUUUUCCCACCAUCUCGCUCCAGCGCGGCCUGUGGGGUGAGGGCAAUGGCAGGUAGUGGCCCCUGGCCCAUCUCAGCUGGGUGCCCUGACCCCUGCCCUGUCCCCGCCAGGCCAUCCGGAGCUACCUGUUUGGCGCUGGUGAGGCUCUGGAGGUCCUACUUCGACCUGAUCGUGGUGGACACGCAGAAGCCCUGCUUCUUUGCGGAGGGAACGGUGCUGAGACAGCUCAGGACGGACAUGGGUAAGCUCCGCGUGGGCACCAGCACGGGGCCCCAUCAACACUGUGCCGUCUACUCUGGAGGGUCGUCAGACGCAGUGUGCAAGCUGCUCGGGGUGCGGGGGAAGGACAUCCUGUACGUAGUGGUGGUUCCUGAGCUGUCCCGGGAGCUGGACAUCCGGGCCUGAGAGCAGGAGCGAAUGGAGGCGCUGAAGGGGCUGGACAUGCAACUGGCGGACCUGUACCAGUGAGAGCCCUGACCUGUGACCCCUGCCCGGGGAGGGGAGCAGGAUGUAGGGUAAUGGUCCAUGUCCAGGCCUGGCAGCGGGGUCCUCGCCAGAGUGGUCGGGAAAUCAUGAUCUGUUUCAGGGUGGGCUUCCCUAGUAAACUGGACUUUGGGACCCCUCUGACCCCCUUGGGACACUCACACUAUGACCUCUAGGCCCUUCCUGCUGACCCACCAGCCUGGACUGAGGACGCUUACCAUCUCACUCACGGGCACACACCCAGACCAGUACCCCCCACUGGGCGCCCGUAGGGUGUCCCCAACUCGAUCUGGGGAGGUUGUGCCCGGAGCCUGGGGGGCCGGUUCCUCUCUUCCUGGGUCACGUGGCCAUUUUUGCACCAGGCACAUGGAUGGCAGCAGUUCCGGGCUGCCACUCAUCAGCUCCACCAAGAGGGAGAUUCGGAUGCCCCAUGAGUCAGCAGCAGAGCCAGAAUGGGCCAGUCUGGGUCCUGCCGCCCAUCUCCUCUCCUGCAGCCAGAGGAUAACGGGAAAAAUAUGGAAGAGAGAAAAAGCAACCAUAUUGAAGUCUCCUAAAUGUAACAGAUUUGGAGCCCAAGAGCACUUCUUUUAGGUCACUAUGAAAGACAGCGAGAUGCCCAGACAUCUUUGAACUUGAUGUAUACAUGCAUUAAAAACUGUAAGUCCUACUCAUGAUUUAAAAACUUGAUUCUUUUAGUCGGAGCUCCUCCGUGGUGUUAAGCCCUGGCCUUUCUUGUUCUGUCAUUAAUUUGAGUUCACUUUUCACGUUAGUGUAUCCUCUGGCAUUAAUAUUGGAGGUUUAGAAGGAAUAUAUUUACAUGUUUGAAACGACAAAACAAACUCUUGAAGAAAUUGGUCUGUGGCACAGUUCACUAGUUUUAUUUUCUGUGGAUAAACAAGGGAAACAUUUGGAAUAUCUGAGGAUAAAUAAGGGACAACAGGCUGCGUGCUCAGAGAGUUCACAGUCAUUUUUUUAAAUCUGUUUAUUUCAGAAGCUUCCAGGCCUUUCACUCUUCUUCCUGGGUUGACUUUUGGGCCUCAGAGUCCUGCAGGGGUAGGCUCUCCAGGCAAGAACCGGGUAUCCCUGGCCUUUUGUCUUUAAACACUAGAUUUUUAUUCAAGGGGUAUUUUACCGGGAAAACUGCUCAGACCCUAGGGUCCAUGCUUUUCUGGAAAGGUGCUGAAAUACAGUAGCAUUACAAAAAGUAUUUUGUAAUGCUACAAAACUGAACCCUUAGAAUUCCCUCCCAGGGUGGAGAGAAUGCAGAAGGGCCUGGGGGUAAUCGGCCUGGCAGCAGACCCCUAAGGGGUGUGAGGAAGAGAGUGAGGGAGAGGAA